AUGUCCGCCAACCGCCAGUUCGACCCCGACUUCACUCCCUAUGUCAUUAACGCCAUGGGACCUAAGGUCCCUGAGCGCACUCGCGUCAUCUUGGGUUCUUUGAUUAAGCACAUCCACGACUUUGCUCGUGAGGUCGAGCUCACUCCGGCCGAGUGGAUGCUUGGUGUCGAGUUCAUCAACUCCAUCGGCAAAAUCAGCACUCCCAUCCGCAACGAAUGCCACCGUAUCUGCGACGUUAUCGGUCUCGAAUCGCUCGUCGACGAGAUCGCCAACAAGAUCGUCACCGACGAGGGUGUCACUCCCACCUCCAACGUCAUUCUCGGCCCCUUCUGGUCGCCCAAUGCUCCCUUCCGCGCCCUCGGCGACAGCAUUAUUCAGGAUCCUAACCCCGACGGAAAGGUCACCUUCAUGCACGGUGUGCUUAGAGACAUGGAGACCGGCGCGCCCAUCGAGGGCGCCGUCCUUGAUAUCUGGCAAGCCUCUGCCAACGGCCAGUACGACUUCCAGGACCCGAACCAGUCUGAGAACAACCUGCGCGGCAAGUUCCGGUCCAACGAGAAGGGCGAGUUUUACUGGUACUGCUACCACCCGACUCCAUACUCGCUGCCCACCGACGGCCCCGCCGGUGUGCUCCUCAACGUCAUGGACCGCUCGCCCAUGCGUCCCGCUCACAUCCACCUGAUGAUCACCCACCCCGACUAUGCCACCGUCAUCAACCAGAUUUACCCCAGCGACGACCCCCACCUGGGCAUCGACUCGGUGUUUGCUGUCAAGAACGAUCUCGUCGUGGAUUUCAAGCCCAAGACUGACGAUCCCAAGGCCUCGCUUGAUCUUGACUACCCCGUCAAGAUGGCUCUGAAGAAGCACCACCCCAACCCCAACUCGGCGCCCCCGGUGUCGUCGUUUGAGCGGUUUAGCAAGAGCAAGGGGCAGCAGCAGCAGCAGCAGCAGCAGAAGCUAUAA